CACCACCCUUCUACUGCCGCCGCCUUCGCCGGCGCUUCCAGAGGGAGGAAGUGUGGUGGGCGGCAAGCCGCCGCCGCCGUCAACGACACCCCCUGAAUUGGUCGGCUCCCGCUGAAAGAUGAAUAUUAUGGAUUUCAAUGUGAAGAAGCUGGCGGCUGACGCUGGCACGUUCCUCAGCCGAGCCGUACAGUUUACAGAAGAGAAACUUGGGCAAGCAGAGAAGACGGAAUUGGAUGCUCACCUAGAAAAUCUUUUGUGUAAGGCAGAUUGUACAAAACAAUGGACAGAAAAGAUUAUGAAACAGACAGAAGUGUUGUUGCAACCCAAUCCAAAUGCUAGAAUAGAAGAAUUUGUUUAUGAGAAACUGGAUCGCAAAGCACCAAGUCGUCUGAAUAAUCCAGAACUACAGGGCCAGCAUAUGAUUGAUGCUGGAAAUGAAUUUGGCCCAGGAACAGCAUAUGGAAAUGCUCUUAUUAAAUGUGGAGAAACACAGAAAAGAAUUGGGGCAGCAGACAGAGAACUAAUACAGACUGCUGCAAUAAACUUCCUUACACCUCUUAGAAAUUUUAUUGAAGGAGACUAUAAAACAAUUACUAGAGAACGCAAACUAUUACAGAAUAAAAGGCUAGAUUUGGAUGCUGCCAAAACUAGACUGAAAAAGGCAAAAGUAGCAGAGGCUCGUGCUUUACAACUAAACCUGUCACCACCUGAUGAAAAUAAUAUUAUGGUAAAUGUCUCUUACAUGCUCAACUUGCUGCAUGUAAAAUGGCUGAAGAUAUGGGCAGAGGAAGUGACAAAAUCGGAACAGGAAGUGCGGAUAGCCCAAAGUGAGUUUGACCGGCAAGCAGAAAUUACUCGACUUCUGCUGGAAGGGAUCAACAGUACACAUGCACAUCAUCUUCGUUGUUUAAAUGAUUUUGUGGAAGCCCAGCUGACUUACUAUGCACAAUGUUAUCAAUAUAUGUUGGACCUUCAGAAACAACUUGGAAGCUUUCCAGCUAUGGUUCUUGCCAACAAUAACCAGUCAUCUUCAACCUGUGCUCCAAGUAGUUCUUCUAGUAAUGUGUCCUCAGCUACUGUUACACCCUCACUAACUUCAAUAAGCAGUGCAGCAGCUUCUUCAAGCUUUGGUGAAUUGAAGUCCUCAAGUGGUCGCAGAAAAGCCAGAGUACUUUAUGAUUAUGAUGCUGCAAACAGCAGUGAAUUAUCACUACUUGCAGAUGAGGUGAUAACAGUGUACAGUGUCUCUGGCAUGGAUUCAGACUGGUUGAUGGGUGAACGAGGAAAUCAAAAUGGCAAAGUGCCUAUUACUUACUUAGAACUGUUAAACUGAGUGAUUGGCUUGUAUAAAGACUGUCAGUUAUCGUGAGAUCAUAUUUAUAUGCAAUUUAACUUUAUAUAAACCAGAUUUAAGUGUCUUCCAUGUUAAUGUCUUAAUGGAUGAGAGUAACGAGCAUUAGAAAUGGGCAUUUCUUGCCAAUAUUGUUGCAUGGUAGAUACUGUUUUGAGAACUAAGUUGUUUAAGGGCUUUUUACUUUAUGUGCCAAGAUUGUUUCCUACAUAACUUUGUUUCUAUUGGAAUUUUCACUAAUAACAGUUUUCUGCUUUUGAGUACCCUGAACCUGAAAGCAGGGAAAACAGUUUUCUACAGAACUUUUCAUAAUGACAAGCCUCUUCACAAUAAUAAAUUGUUGAAAAAUU